AUGUUGUGCCUAAACAAUCAGAGCAAAAUAAAAAUGAGGCUAAAUAUUCAACGACAUCGACAAAAACUUCUUCAGUGUUUACAGAACUCUGGUGAUACUAUUUUAAAACCUAAAAUCAAAUUAGUUUCAAAUAGUUUAGAAAAAAUUAUUUUUAAGCACAAUGUAAAACCAAAAAUUGCUCUAAGUACUGAAUUACUAAACAGAAACAUUAAACCAACCAAGAUUAGAAACCAUAAAACUAUAUCAACUGAUACCCUGGAUCAACUUCAACCAAACAUUAAAGUAAACGUAGAAGCUGAACUGCCUUCAUCAAAUAUUGAGUUGAAACAAAAAUCUAUAUCAAACAAUGAAAUAAUAGAUCCUCUUGAUCCUCCUAAACCUAUGAUAAAAAACCUUAAAGAGCAAUUGAUCGAAGAGCUAAAUAACAGUAGUUCAGAAUCAGAAGAUACUGAUGAUAACAUUUCUGUUGGAAGUAAUGAAAAUUGGAGUGAAAUUUUUCAAACAGAUAAUAAGAGCAAUGUAUACAACAAUGUCAACAGAAAUUCAAUCCCUGAUGAAGCAGUUAAAUAUUAUGAACAAGAACAACCAGUCAAUGAAAAAAGUAAAGAACAAUAUUCGUAUUACCUGAACUCCAGUAAGAAAAAUCAGACCAGAAAAUCUCAACAUAAAAGUAAUAAGUCUGAUCAGAAGUUUAGAAAACCCCAUGAAAGGUUUUUACAUAAUGCCAAAGAACGAGCAAGUCGAGAAGAAAUAGCCAAAAAAUUUGAUAUUCUAAGAAAAUAUUGUAGUUACUUGAACUCAAAUAGACGUGUGCCAUCAAAACAUAGCAUACUUUUAGCUGCCAAAAAAGAGUGCGAUUUGUUAAAACAUUUUGAAAAUAAAUUGAUCGCAGAAAAAAAGGAAUUAUGUAAAGCAAACAAUCUUCUUAAGGAGAGGAUAGCUAAUAUCAAUAAUAAAAACUCUAAGACGACAUCAAAAUAG